UUUAAGAAGUAAUCAAACCCAGUGUUGGCCGAUCUCGUCACUUUAAACUUUGCUGGGGGAAUCUCCUUGAGGAUUUGCAGCUUUCAACAUGACUGUUCGUCUGUCGCGGAUCCAGCUGGCCCUGUUCUUCAUCUUGCUCUGUCCGGUCAAUAUCAUCGGACUCUGGUGGGCAGUGGGGAGUCCGCUGGUCAUGGACCCCAACAGCAUCUGCAGGAAGGCAAAGCGUCUGGCGGGAAAGCAAGCGGAGCUGUGCCAGACGCAGCCGGAGAUCGUCAGCGAGGUGGCCAAAGGAGCCAGGCUGGGCGUCAGGGAGUGUCAGUACCAGUUCAGGUACCGCCGAUGGAACUGCACCAGCCACAACAAAUACUUUGGCAAAAUUCUACAGCAAGAUAUCCGGGAGACGGCGUUCGUCUAUGCCAUCACGGCCGCCGGCGUGACGCACGCUGUGACCCAGGCCUGCAGCAUGGGAGACCUCCUGCAGUGCGGCUGUGAGGCCACGAGGAACAGGGCGCCCCCGAGGCCGCCCUCAUCCACCGCCUCCGGAGACGGGGUCAAGUGGGAGUGGGGGGGCUGCGGAGACGACGUGGAGUUUGGUUAUGAAAAAUCAAAACAGUUUAUGGAUGCCAAGAGGAGAAGAGGCAAGAGCGACAUCAGGACACUCAUUGACCUGCACAAUAAUGAGGCCGGGAGGCUGGCGGUGAAGCUCUACAUGAGGACUGAGUGCAAGUGCCACGGACUGUCGGGCUCCUGCACAUUGCGCACGUGCUGGAAAAAGAUGCCGCACUUCCGUGAGGUGGGCGACCGGCUGCUCGAGCGAUUUAACGGCGCCUCCAAGGUGAUGGGCGGCAACGACGGAAAGACUCUGAUCCCCGUGGGCCAGAACAUAAAGCCGCCCGACAAGCAGGACCUCAUCUACUCGGACGAAUCUCCCGAUUUCUGCCUCGCCAAUCGGAAAACGGGUUCACUGGGAACCAGGGGCCGCAUGUGCAACAGCACGGCCAUGGACAUCAGCGGCUGUGACUUGCUGUGCUGCGAGCGAGGCUACCGGGAGGAGACGGUGGUGUUUGAGGAGAACUGCUUAUGUCGUUUCCACUGGUGUUGUGUCGUCCAGUGCAAGAAGUGCUUGGUCCGAAAAGAGUUGAGUCUCUGUCACUGAUGAAC